UACAGAAGAAGAUAAUAAAACGUUUAAAAAAACUCUCAUAAUAAGAACUCCUCAAUUCUGAUCGUCUCUCUCUCUCUCUCUCUCUCUCUCCUUUCUUCUUUACAAUUUGAAUAUUUUUAAGAGAUCCUCACAUCUUCAUCUUCCUCCCCCAAGUGUUAGAUCAAAUUCAAACUUUCCUUUCUCCUGUUGGAACCACUUUUAUUUCCUCUUCCGUCGUCGUCGUCGUCAAUGGUGGAGAUGGAGGACAACAACGAGGAGAGUUGCGGGAGUAGAGUGAUCAGCGAUAUCUUGCCGACGUCUCAGGCAGCCAUAGACCGUCGAGAGCGGAUGAAAAUGGAGGUUUUCGAUGAGGUUAUCAGCCGUCUCCGUCAAUCUGACGACAUAGACGCCGAUCUCCCUGGUUUCGUUGACGACCUCUGGGCUCACUUCAAUCGUCUCCCCGCUCGGUAUGCUUUGGAUGUGAAUGUAGAGAGGGCUGAAGACGUUCUCAUGCACCAGAGAUUGCUUCAUUCUGCUCUAGAUCCACACAACCGGCCUGUUAUCCAAGUUCGUCUCGUCCAGGUUCAACCUCCGGGGAUCUCAGCUGCUGACUCCACUACCUUGGACUCUCUUUCCAAUGAGCCUGAUCAACAAACUUCCACCAGAAAAAGCAUUCAUCCGCCGCCUGCCUUUGGUUCAUCUCCCAAUCUCGAAGCACUUGCACUUGUGGCGACUAUAUCCCAUGACGAGGAGGAGACAACUCUGUGCCUAACAAUUCACGGCCCUUGCAUGAGAUAACCUUUUCCACAGUAGACAAGCCUAAACUCCUUUUUCAGUUAACCGCAUUGCUUGCUGAGCUUGGACUUAACAUUCAAGAGGCCCAUGCUUUUUCUACAACUGAUGGCUACUCUCUAGAUGUCUUUGUUGUUGAUG